ACAAACCCGAGACCAAGACCAAGACCCUCUCCCUCGCCGCGCCACGCACUGGAUUGUUUACUCCGUUAUUUAGCAAGAUAUCACGGCGGGGAGCACUUGAUUACCCUUGACAGCCCUAUACAUCAACACAGAGCCUGGAGGACCGGCGCUGUGUGUUGUAUAUUCAGUUUUUCCUGCGUCCUGUGAGCCCUGAGGGAGGAUGGAGACGGAUGAGGCCCUCGCCAGGAGACUCCAGCAGGAGUUUGACGCCGAGGCCAGGGCAGCGGAGAACAGGGAGCGGAAGGAUGCCUUGUUAGCGCAGAAACUGGCCGUCGGGUCACACAACCUAUCCGACAGUGAGGAAGAAGAAGAGGAGGAGGAGGAGGAGAGAAAGAAGACAAUGAAUUCAACAUCUACACACCAAGAAGAUGAAGAGGAAGAGGAGGAGGAAGAAGAGAGCAGAAAGAAGAAAUCACAUGCAUCACUCCAGAAAGAGGAAGGAGGAAGAGGAAGGGAAACUAACAGUGAACAUAUGCUAUCAGAAGAGGAGGAAGAAGAAGAGGAGGAGGAGAAGGAGGAGAGAGGAGGGACAAGUGAAGGGAAGGCCAAGUCAUCUCAAGCUGCCAGCCCCCGCCCCAGUCCGCCACACCCCGCCACAGACACACAGAAGGGGCGGCCUGUCUGUCAGUAUGGGGCCGCCUGCUAUCGGAAGAACCCAGCCCAUAGGAAGGAGUUUGCCCACCCACAAGGAGGAGGAGGAGGAAGAGGAGGAGGAGAUUUUGCUGUGGAGAGAAGAGGAGAGAAGGAGGCAGAGAGGAGGAAAGGAGAGAAGAGGGAGGCAGAGAGGAGGAAAGGAGAGAAGAGGGAGGGAGAGAGGAGAGAAGAACAGCCCAAGAAGAUACAGAAAAGUGACCACAAGGAUGCCAUCAACCCCCGCGCCCCGUUCCGUGAGAGGGUGAGUGCCAGCGCCCCCUUCCGGCUCUUCCUCAACAAGUGCUACAGUGUGCCAGCCACCCAGACUGACCCCUUGACCCUCGUGCUGCCCGACCUGCUUAGCGCGGACCUCGGCGACCUGGUGGAGUCUGCACAGCUCAACUUCAUGGUGGACCUGGAGUUCCUGAUGGGCUUCUAUAAGGCAGCUAAGGUGGACAGCAAGCCCCUAACGGUAGCCUACGGACAGCUGGGGGGCGACCCGAGUGACUACCCCGCCCUCAAGUGUGUCAAGGUCCCCCUCCCCUACCAGUACGGCACCCACCACACCAAGGCCAUGCUGCUGCUGUACAAGGAAGGGCUGCGCGUGGCGGUGCACACAGCCAACCUGGUACCCGAUGACUGGCUCGAAAAGACACAGGGGUACUGGCUCUCCCCCCUGUGUCCGCCCCUGGAGAACGGGAAAUCGGGUGUGCUGGAAGGGGACUCGGACACCCGCUUCAAGAAGGACCUCGUGGGGUACCUUCAGGCCUACAAGCUGACGGAAUUGACGCGCUGGGCUGCCACGGUCAAGAAAUACGACUUCUCAGAGUGCAAUGCUGUCCUGCUUGGGAGUGUUCCAGGCUACCACGCAGGGGGUCAGCGUGACUCCUGGGGCCACACCAAGCUGCGGCGCAUCCUGGCUCAGCACUCAGCACCGCCCACCCCACACAAAGGACAGCAGCACCCCAUCAUCGUCCAGUGUUCCUCUAUUGGCAGCUUGGGCAAGGAUCAGCGGUCGUGGCUCAGCGCUGAAUUGGGGCUGAGUCUGGCAGGGCACAAGACAACCAGUGCCACAGUCCUGCCUGCGACCCUGCCCAAGGUGUGUGUUGUGUACCCCAGCCAGGCGGACGUGAGGGACAGCAGUCAGGGGUGGAUGGGCGGGUCCUGUCUGCCGUACAACUCCGGAACACACGAAAAACAACCUUGGCUGCUGCAACACCUCCACUCCUGGCGCAGUGAGUGUCGGGGGCGCACACGGGCCAUGCCGCACAUCAAGACGUACACGAGGGUGAGCGCCGACCUGCAGCGCGCACACUACUUCCUGCUGAGCUCGGCCAACCUGUCCAAGGCGGCGUGGGGCGUCCUGCAGAAGGAUGCCAGCCAGCUCUUCAUCAGGUCCUACGAGCUGGGCGUCCUGUUGCUGCCCAAGUUUGUGGUGAGUGUGGUGGUGGUGGUGGUGGUGGUGGUGGUGGUGAUGUGGUCGGUUCAGCCACGUCUAGUUAUUGUGUGCUGGCCGCCUGCUGCCACACGGUGUGCCCCAUUGCCUGUGUGCUGUGUGGCCGCCACACAGCACACAGCCGUCAGUGCCAAUAAUGCGCGGCAGGGAUGACAAACACCGUCACGUGGAGUUGUUUUGGAGUUAACAAUUCUCAGUACUGUCACAAACAGCUGUUUUGUUGAUACAAAGCCUGCUAAUUUUCUCUGUGGUGGACAGCGCCAGGGCUAUUUAACAAUUAUAAUCAGCAAUAUUGUAAAUCAGCAAAACAGCUGUUUGUGACAGUACUAAUUUUUUCAACUCAAAAUUGACAAUAAUUGACAGCAUUUGUUGUUGCUGCUGCACAUGACUGACACUGGUGACUGUGUCCUGUGCCAGGCUGCCACACAGUAUCCGCUCAAUCAGACACACCGUGGGGCAGCAGGGUGCCAGCACACGAUGGUGCUCACCCCAGACUUGGCUGAACCAAGUACUGCGUCACAGUAAUAGUCAUUACAGUACCAAUAGUAGUACAGCGGCCGCGUGUCCAACACGUGAUUAUCCAGGGCAUUUCAUGUCCAGCGCAGCGUUUACUGUACAAGUAUAUUUAAAAAGAAUAUUGUAACGUGUUUAGAAUGGUCCAGCAGCCAAGAAACCCUGGCCAAAAAGUGGCCCAAAUUGGCACAGAUUUCUGCAGCGUGUGGAAAAAUUGUCUGCGGUGUCCUGCACUCGUGUCCCCCAGCCAGCCAGCCGGGGGUGUGGUGCGCCGCGCCAGCCAGACAUGGGAGCUGAGCAACACAUUUCUUACCUGGAUUCUUUUUUGGCUCCUGGACUUGACCAAACACGUGUCCGACAAUUGCCAGACCCCGAACUUUGUCCAGGAAGUCUGAUACCCGGUAAAUCUGAUGUGCAGGAAAUCCACUAUGCAGGAACUUGAGGGUUGAGGGUAUGUUCCAGAAAUUCUCCAACAAAACAAAUCCUUUUCCCUAUGUUCUUUUGUUGGUUCUGCGCUAAUUUCAUACAACACGACAUGGUCUCCCGCGGCCAUGUUCCCGCCUUGGACACGAGGCCGCUGUAGCAGUUUCUGUUGAGGGAGUGACGGUGGUGGUGGCAGACUGGGGGAGGAAUAGCCAUGGACGUGUUGAUAGAGAGUAAGAGAGAGGUUCAUGGUUACAAUACUUGGAGACACAUAGAAAGAUUGAUAGAGAGUUAAAACAUAGAAAGAUUAUUACAUAGAAAAGAUUACAUAGAAAAAUUACAUAGAAAGAUUGCAUAGAAAAAUUACAUUGAAAGAUUACAUAGAAAAAUUACAUAGAAAGAUUACAUAGAAAAAUUACAUAGAAAGAUUACAUAGAAAAAUUACAUAGAAAAAUUACAUAGAAAGAUUGCAUAGAAAAAUUACAUAGAAAAAUUACAUAGAAAGAUUACAUAGAAAAAUUACAUAGAAAAAUUACAUAGAAAGAUUACAUAGAAAAAUUACAUAGAGAGAUUACAUAGAAAAAUUACAUAGAAAAAUUACAUAGAAAGAUUGCAUAGAAAAAUUACAUAGAAAGAUUGCAUAGAAAAAUUACAUAGAAAGAUUGCAUAGAAAAAUUACAUAGAAAGAUUGCAUAGAAAAAUUACAUAGAAAGAUUAUGCAGAAAGAUUACAUAGAAAGAUUGAUAGAGUUAAAAAUCUGCCAAAACUACGAGCCUGUGUUAAGUGAUGGCGGUGGUGGCAGAAUGGUGAAGGAAUAAUCAAUCAAUCGAUCAAUGGGGGCAUACACCGGGGGGCGCGUCGCCUCACCCACCCUACGACGCCAAGCCCGGGGGUCCCUCCGGGCGAGCCUCCCUGCAGGCCCCUUCCCAACCCGAGUACCUCCCGGCAGGAUCUAUCAACUUGCUCAAGCCAAAAACUCCGUGGGCGUCCCCUUGGCCUCCUCCACUCAGGGUUGUCUCUUACAGAGACAACCCGAUGAGCAGGAUCAGCUUCUGGAAAACGUGCCACGUGCCCGUAUAGCCGGAGUUGGUGUUGACGGACUAUGCAGGUAAUAUAUGUGGAAUCAGUUUCACGGAGUAGUCGCCGGUUUGACACAAAGUCAUUCCAGCGAUAUCCCAUGAUUCUGUGUAGACACUUAUUACCUGUGGCAUCAAUCCGCCUCUCCAAGUCCCUGUUUAGUGUCCAUGUCUCACAGCCACGGAGUAAGGCAGGGAGCACAAGGGACUUGAAGAUCCGGAUCUUUGUUCUGUACAGGUAUCAACAACGCCAUAUACUCGUGCUGAGCGAGUCCAUAACACCGUGGGCCAGACCAGGCCGUCGUAAGACGUCCUGGCCAGACUCACCGUUGUUAUGAACUACGCUGCCAAGAUGCAUGAAACUUUCUGAGAUCUCAACGUCCUCGCCACACACAUGAACAGACUGUACUGUGUCAUCCAGCAAGCCUCCAAACACCUGUACCUUGGUCUUGGCCCAGGAGACCUCAAGUCCCAAGGGCUUCGCCUCCUCGUGCAGUGCCUCGAGAGCCGUCACCAGCACCUACAGCAACUCCACCAGGAUUACUGCAUCAUCUGGUCCACAACUCUGCCCAGUACCCAGUCCACACAAGUGUUGAAAAGCGAUGGGGCAAGGACACAGCCCUGCCUCACUCCCGCAUUCAAGGGAAAGAAGCUGGACAAGCCCCCCACACUUCACAGCACCCUCUGUCCCAGAAUACAGGCCAGUCAGCAGACCAAUAGUCCUCGCAGGAAUCCCACGGAGUCGCAGAAGAUCCCAGAGUGCCUCACGAUGCACUGAAUCAAACGCCUUCUUGAGAUGGACACAGGCUGCAAGCAUCCCCUGUCCAAACUCCCGUCGGCGCUCCACCAGUACAUGAAGCGCUAGGCUACGGUCAGUUGUUGACUUGCCAGGCGUGAACCCAGACUGCUCAGGUCUCUGCAGCUUCAGCAGCUGGCUGCGAAUUCACAUCAGUAAUAGGUGGGCAAGCACCUUGCCUGGCACACUGAGCAGUGUAAUACCAUGGUAGUUGUUGCAGUCCUCGCGGUCCCAUAUCCCUUUCCAGAUAGGGACGACCAGCCCCCUCUUCCAGUCAGGAGGAAUGGUACCGGACUGCCAUACGGCAGCCAAGACCGCACGCAACCCGUGGGUCACGGCCUCACCUCCAACUUUGAGCAGCUCCGCACUGAUGUUACAGGUGCGGUGCCUUCCCACCCCUCAACUUGGCCACAGAGUCUCUGACUUCACCCAGAGAGGGUGGGCUUUCGUCAAUGGGCGGGUCAACAUCCGCCACCUGCAACCCAGCAACUGGAUGCUGCCCACGUGGAGGGUCCACCAUGUACAGCUGCUCAAAGUACUCAGCCCAACGAGCCCCCUGCCCACCCAUGUCUGACACGAGGCAGCCGUCAGCUGUUUGGAUAGCGCUCACCUGAGAGGAAGACUUGAUUAGAGCAGAGCUUCUUCAGGGUUCGGUAGGCAGGUCGAAGGUCAUUCGCAUUUAAAUGGAAUUAAAAGGAAUAAACACAUGUACAGAUAGAGUUAGAAAUGGGUAAAUAGUUGAGGCAUAAAUAGAUGAUGAUUAUAGAUUGAUAGAUAGAGAUAGAGAUAGACAAAGACAUAGAUAGUUACAAUAGAUAUAGACACUAAUAAGUAGAUGAAUAGAACACCAUUUUUGCAACUCUUAACAAAUCUAUCAUAACACUUUAACUAACUGCCCCCUUCCUGCACCCCCCU